GACGGAGCAGAGAGUACACUCGCUCGGCCGGCUGCUCAAGCUGAUCGAGGCCACUCGUCGGCAGUGGCUGCAUUCCUCAUCCCCAUAGAGAGAAAAAAGAGAUCGAUCUCAGGUUAGGGCCGGGGGAGAGAGAAGCUUAAGGGGGGAAGGAAGCAGCAGCAAGAUAGAGGGCGGGGUGCGGCGGAAGCUGAUGAGGCUGCUCUCCUUCGUGCCCUGCGGCUGCCGUGCGGGACCCAUCGACGACGCCCCGCCCGCCUCCUCCUCCGACCACCACCACCAUGUUGUCUCGACGAUAUCCCCGGCGGCCAGGAGGAUCCGCCGGAGGCGGGCCAGGUCGCUCGGCGGAUCCCCGCAGUGGAGGCCCGCCCUCGGCGACAUCUACGAGGAGUCCUUCUCCGCCUCCGCCAGAUCCGGCGCCACCGGUGCCGCCGGAACCGGCAAGUCCGGCGGCGGCCGGGUCGUCCCCUCCGGCGCCGGCAGGGUGCUCCCCCGCUCCCACAGCCGCGAGUACAGGCACAUGGAGACGGCGACGUCGAUGCCGGCGUUCGCGCCGACGGCGUUCCUGUUCUGACUCUCACCACGGCGGCGCGGCGACGAUGACGGCCACGACGAAAGCGAAGCGGCAGAAUCGCAAUUCUGCAUACAGAUUACUAUUACUGUCUACUUAUUGCAGAACCAAGGAUCUGUACAUAUAAAGUGAAAGAAGAAUAAGUUGAUUUACCAGCUAGCUUGCUCCUUCGCGAGCUGGGAAAUCAUAUGGUCGUACUGUAAAUCUUUUGUGUCUAGUAUAAUUCUAUAUGCAUGUAUAUCCCAGGUUGUAAAUUAAUGUCAUGUAACAUAAUAUGGUCGUGAAAAGAAUACUGUGUAAUCAACAAAGAUAGUAUAGUGCUUAUAUAUAUAUAUAUAUAUGAUACGGACUAGCUAGCUGGAUCUUGUUCAGUUGGUUUCAUCAGCUAGCUAGCUAUAAUGUGAAGUUUCUGCGCCACAAAA